AUGCGCGAGUCGAUGGUCUACAGCGAGGCCGAUCUUGGACCAUUUCAGAAGCGACUUGCUGAGCUUCGAGAGAUUGUCCAAAACGAUGCGGAGAACCACCCACCUGCAAUGAUUGAGCUUCUGGAACGCAAGUUGAACCAGUGUGACGACAUUCUGCAAGAAAUGAUGGACGCACUCUCUGUCCUCUCCCCAGAACUCGUUCCUCUUCACCAAAAGCUAGUCACCAUGAGACGUCAGUUUGCUGCUCUCGCCAGCAAGGAGCACCCCUCCAAGACGGAGCUCCAGAAACUCGUUGAUGACCUACGGAAGAUUGAUGCCAAGCGCGUCGACGGCAAGUUUUGCGUCGGGCCUGGGGCAUCGUCCGUGCCCCCCUCACAGGCCAUUUGCUCGUCGCUCGUCGAAGACUGCUUCGAUAUUGCACACGAGAUCAAGGCACGAGGGUAUGAAAUCAACCUCUCUGACGAGCUCAAGCCCGUCUACGAGAGGCUAAAGGAGAUGCGAGGCGAGCUAGAGCGCCUGUCGCUUACGCACCGCUGGACACUACGCGAGACCGACCUGUACAAUUACGCAGUCGCACUCAGGGACAUUGAUCAAAUGCGCAAGGAUGGCAAGUGGAACGUGGGCGGCACACCCGAUGGCAAGCCCGGCCAGGGUCAAUACGUGUUGUUGUAUCUCCUCAGGAGGUGCUAUGGUCUUAUUUAUAGUCUACUGUCCUCGAGCGAGCCGGUCUCGGAGGAACUGAUGCCGAUUGCGAACAAACUGUCAACGGUCAAAAAGGUGUUGAAUGAGGUGCUCCGUUACGGUGGUCCGUUCCAUCCACGCGAGCUCUAUCCGUACCAAUUGGCCCUCUUCCAAGUCGAUGGCAUGGUCAAAGACGGCAAAUUCAUUGGUAAAGACGGAUCGAUACCAGAGCUCAAAGAGUCGAUGGAAGAAAACGAUUCAGAGACGGAAGAAGACGAGGAUGGCUAUGGAGAAGAGGAAGAAGAAGAGGAAGAAGAGGCCGAAGGCGAGAGCGAGUUUGAAGAGAUUGAAAGAGGUCCACCAGACUCGGAUGAAGAGUAG